GCGCAGCCGAGGGGGAGGAGCCUGGGCCACCGCCGCCGUCGCCGCCGUCGCCGCCGCCGCCAGGCUGUAGAAACUGAGGCUCCGGGAAAUGACUUCCCCAAGACCGCACUGCUAGGAUGAAGAACAGGGGCUCCGCUGCUGCUCCCACACCCCAUGGCCCCACAGGCUGGUUUUUCUGGUUUGCUCCCCACCGGCAAUUUGCAUAUUUCUCUGAAGAAGCAUCCCGGAGCUGAACAGCCUGUUUUCAGAGUCAGAGAGAGGAAGCCCAUCCUUGCCUGUUGAAAUCUGGGGCUGGAAAUGGCCACAAGAGACGGAUCGAGCCAGAGGCUGUCCCAGGGGACCGAGCCCGCUGAGGAGGGGGAGGCGAGUCUGCCCACAGGCCGGGAGCUGGCCGAGGCCAACCGCUUCGCCUACGCUGCCCUCUGUGGAGUCUGCCUGUCCCAGCUGUUUCCAGAGCCCGAGCACAGCUCCUUCUGCACGGAGUUUAUGGCGGGCCUGGUGCCGUGGCUGCGGCUGUCUGACGCCGUCUUGCCAACCAUGACCGCCUUUGCCACUGGCCUGGGAGGAGAAGGAACAGACGUGUUUGUGCAGAUUCUAAUGAAGGACCCCAUCUUGAAGAAGGACCCGAUGGUCAUCACUCAGGACCUUCUGAGCUUCUCACUCAAGGAUGGGAGCUACGACGCACGGGCCCGAGUCCUCAUUUGCCACGUGACCUCCCUCUUCCACGUGCCCCUGGGAGAGCUGGAGCUCCUCGAAGAAUCGUUCCUGGAGAGCCUGAGGGAAACCAGAGAAGAGGAAUCUGAGGCAGCUGAGGCAUCCCGGAAGAAGAAAGAAAACCGCAGGAAGUGGAAGCGGUACCUCCUGAUAGGCCUGGCGACUGUUGGGGGCGGCACCGUGAUUGGCGUGACAGGUGGCCUGGCCGCCCCUCUGGUCGCCGCCGGAGCAGCAACCAUCAUCGGCAGUGCCGGGGCCGCCGCGCUGGGCUCCGUGGCCGGCAUCGCCGUGAUGACCUCGCUCUUCGGGGCCGCAGGAGCCGGCUUGACAGGAUACAAAAUGAAGAAGCGGGUUGGUGCCAUCGAGGAGUUCACGUUUCUGCCCCUGACGGAGGGCAGGCAGCUGCACAUCACCAUCGCCAUCACCGGGUGGCUGGCGUCAGGAAAAUACCGCACCUUCAGCGCCCCCUGGGCCGCCCUGGCCCACAGCCGAGAGCAGUACUGCCUGGCCUGGGAGGCCAAGUACCUGAUGGAGCUUGGCAACGCCCUGGAGACCAUCCUCAGUGGCCUUGCCAACAUGGUGGCCCAGGAGGCCCUCAAGUACACCGUGCUCUCGGGCAUCGUGGCCGCCCUGACCUGGCCAGCCUCACUCCUCACCGUCGCCAACGUCAUCGACAACCCCUGGGGCGUGUGUCUCCACCGGUCGGCAGAGGUCGGCAAGCACCUGGCCCACAUCCUGCUCUCCCGACAGCAGGGUAGGCGACCUGUCACCUUGAUUGGCUUCAGUCUGGGAGCCAGGGUCAUCUACUUCUGUCUGCAGGAAAUGGCUCAGGAGAAAGAUUGCCAAGGGAUCAUCGAGGACGUGGUCCUGCUGGGCGCCCCCGUGGAGGGAGAAGCCAAGUACUGGGAGCCUUUCCGGAAGGUGGUGUCCGGGAGGAUCGUCAACGGCUACUGCAGGGGCGACUGGCUGCUGAGCUUCGUGUACCGCACGUCGUCCGUGCAGCUCCGCGUGGCCGGCCUGCAGCCCGUGCAGCUCCAGGACCGGAGGGUGGAGAACGUGGACCUGUCCUCGGUGGUCAGCGGCCACUUGGACUAUGCCAAGCAGAUGGACGUCAUCCUGAAGGCCGUGGGCAUCCGCACCAAGCCGGGCUGGGGCGAGAAGGGGCUGCUGCUGGCCUCGGGCAGCCUGCCUCAGGAGCAGCCUCCCCAAGCAGCACCCGCCUCCGCCCAGGAUGGACCAGCCCCGAGCCUCCCGCCUGAACAACCUCCCGGGGGCGCUGCCUCCGCUGACCCCAGCCCAGCCCCAACGCCCACCGGGUCGGACCCCUCAGGGGCGGCAUCUCCGCCUGCCGCUGCCGGCCCCACCGCCAGCCUGCAGAGCUGCCGCCACGGGACGAGCUCCAACCCUCUGGGCUGUCCUGACUGUGCCGACCAGAGCCAGGGGCCCGGCGUGGGACAGUAGUAACCCCAGCAGGGGACUCGGACACUCUCCUCAGACAUCCAGAAGGGGCACGCUCCUGCCUCCUGCCUCCUCCUCCUGGCUCCCACAGAUUCUCAGCCAGGAUCAUUUCCAAGUGGUGGGUAGGAGGGCUGAGAAGAAAGGAGGAGGGAGAAGGCGAAGGGUGGAGAGACAGUGCUCCCCCUGCUAAGUCGCUGUUGAGUCCCAAGACUCUAACCAGCCACAGUGCCUUAUGGUCCCACAGGACGUCCAGGGAACCCCCUGGAGCCCAAGACCCCCUCCCCAUCUCCCCCCGACACACCCAGCCUCAGCCAGGCAGGUAUAUCUGCCUGCUCAUCUACUCAGCCCAGAGGCACCACCACUGCACACCAGGGCAGGGGUGAGGGGAGCCGGGCGCUUACUCGCUCUGCCCUGGGGACAUCCACUCUGAUCCCCCACGUACAGCCCACAGAGGCCCACAUCAGGGGCCGCCAGGUGCACAGCCCUGAUGUAAGGAAGCCCGCCAAGUCGUACCUGGAUCGAGCUGGAACCAAGCCUGAUGACUGCGGGCCAAAUGAGCACCCAGGGUGGGGGCGGGGUACUGGGCGUGGCGGGAAGGAAGGACUUUCCCAGGGAGGGCUUUGCCAUGGCAGGAACGGAGGCGCGGACGGCUCCAGGAAUCAGGCAAUCAGCUCUGCCUGUCCGGGCCGCGUGCUCAGUGUUGGCAUGGCUUGUCCCGGUGGUUACCUUGGUCUUACGCUUGAAGCCACUGCGCCCCAGAGAGGUGAGGGGACCCUGCGGUUUUCACAGAUGGGUCCAUCUCAGGCGCCAGCAAGAUGCCAAAACCAUGCUCCCGCCGCCACCUUCCUCAGGAGAAGCUCUGUCAUGUGCCUGCGCCCCGUCCCUGGAGGAGGGCGCGAGAGGGAGUCCUCCCCAGCUGUGCAGAUGUGGAAACCAAGACCCAGAGAAAGUCCUUUCAGGGGCAAACAGCAGAGCAUGGGAGCUGAGCUGGCCCGUGUGUGUGUGUGUGUGUGUGUGUGUGUGUGUGUGUGUGUGCGUGCAUGCGUGUUCACUGCUCCAUUGAAGAGAUUCUUUUUUACAGCGCAGCCUUUUGUCCAAACGGCUCAUGUCACCCACAGGAUCCUGGGCCCCUAGAGGGGAAAUGACUCUGCUGAAGCCCCAGAGCAAAUCAGGGGGCUGGUCUAGAGCAGAACCCAGGGCACCAACCCGAGACCUCUUCCCCCCUCGCCAGUCCGUCCCCAGCCCAAAGGGACAACCCUCCACCCUCGUAAAUUCCAUCCACACCA